AAACUUUCGUUAGUGGCAAUCAUACCUCGCCUUUGACAAGAUGUGGUGGAAAUUGAUAAUGUGUGUUUGCCUACCAUUAGUUAACGGUAGGCGAUCCCAAUGUUACUGGAAUAACAAAAAUCCGUACACUUAUUUUGGAAGUAAAACCCCUUAUGAAGCUGUUAGAGGUGACUUCAGGGACGUUCCACCCAUAAAAGGCUGUGAACCGGUUAACGUGUGGUUCAUUACAAGACACGGGACUCGACAUCCGAGCCCAAUGGAUGCUGCCGCAAUGAAAGAAGCGUCCGCCCUUAAAGACAAGAUUAUAAACAGUCAUAAGGAAGGUAGAGGAGAAAUGUGUGCUCAGGAUGUUUCAGAUCUUCAAAACUGGAAGUGGAAUAAUUUAGAAAACAAUCCUUCAAUACUGACGCAAGAAGGUUUUAUUGAAUUACUCGCAUUUGGCCAAAGAUUUCGAGAAAAAUAUUCUUCUUUCUUAGAUAAUCUAAACCAAUCCCGUAUCAGAUCGACAGAUGAGAAACGAACACGUAAAAGUUCUAAAGGAUUUAUAAAAGGCUUAGAAGACUUCGGCGCAAAUGUAUUCGUUGAUGAUCCAAUACGAGAAGAUGCUGUGGCUAGGCCGUACAGAUUCUGCAAGAAACGAGGAGGAGAAGUCAUAAACAGUACUCUAGCUUCCGACGAAAUCAGACGCUAUCAAGAAACUGCCGAAUUCAAAGAAUUACAAAAGAACGUACAAGAAAGGAUAGGUAGUGAGGAGGUAUUACUUCCCCGAACUAUUAUGGCUAUCUACGACCUUUGCCGCUUCUACCGAGCUUAUUCAGUUGUUAAGAGAAGUCCGUGGUGUGCACUGUUUACUGACCAUGAACUGAAAAUUUUGGAAUACGUUGAAGACAUUAAGCAUUAUUUUAGAAAUGGUUACGGACAUCCCAUGAAUCGUCUACUCGGAGCAUCUGGUCUCAAAGACCUCUACGAAAGAUUUGAGGCAACAGUAUCCAGCGGUCACAAGUCAUUCAUCGGUUACUUCUCCCACGAUACCAUGUUAGAUAUGAUCUAUACCGCGCUGGGACUUUACUACGAUUAUCCAGAAAUUUCUGGCUUGGAGAGGAUCAAAAAUAGGAAGUGGCGUACUAGUUUCUUGACACCGUUUGUAGCUAAUUUUGUCGCAGUCUUACAUAGAUGUACAAAGAUGUCCACCCUCAAAUAUAGGAUACAGUUCUUUGUGAAUGAAAAGGAGGUACACAUAUGUGGCAAUCGAGUCUGCGGCUGGUACGGCUUCAGAGAGAAAUUUCAACAAUUUGCCAAUGCCAGUAUUGAUUUCUGUAAUGAAUCGACAACAUUAUAUUACGUGUGAUAAUUAAUAAGUAUUCCCGUUUUACUAACGUUAAUUAAAGUUGUCACUAACGUGUUUCGAAAAAGGAAAUCGUAGCUCCCUUCAUCAUUCAACGAAUUACAAUUGUAUAGUUAAGUGACGGAGAUAAUACGAACCGGGGAUUUACCGAAGAAUAUCAAUCACGCCUCGAUUAAAAAAACGUUAGUUAAACGG